CGCCCGCCGGCUGCUGCCAUUCACCGCCCUGUGACUGCCGGGCCGCGGGCUGCCACGCGCGCCAGCUCCUGGGCGCCUCCGGCCGCUGCUCCUUGGCGCCGCGGCCCCGGGGAGGGCGAGAGGCGCCGGGCUCGGGGCGGGAGCCUGGGCCGGUUAGUCUCUCGGGGAGCUGGUGGGGCUGCGCGGAUCGGACCGGCCUGGGAAGAGUCCGCGGCUGCUGCGGCGCCCCGGAGAAGAAGCCCGCGAGGGCUCCCCCAGUGUGAUGCCACCUAAAGGGCGUGGAAAAAGCAAGCUCCCUGUUCCCCUUCCCAAAGGAAUGAUAAUGAAAGACACUGAAGGAAAAGAGUGGAGGUUGGGCAAUAUAAUUGGCCAGGGAGGAUUUGGAUUGAUCUAUUUAGCUUCCUCUCAUGUUCAUAUUCCUGUAGAAGAUGAUGCUGUGCAUGUAAUUAAAGUGGAAUAUCUUGAGAAUGGGCCUUUGUUUUCUGAAUUAAAGUUUUACCAGAGAGCUGCAAAACAGGAGCACAUCAAAAAGUGGAUGACGCUCAGACAAAUAGGAUUUUUAGGAAUUCCGAUGUUCUGGGGAACAGGCUUGGCUGAAUACAAUGGAAAAAGGUAUAGAUUCAUGGUCAUGGAAAGAUUAGGGGUAGACCUGCAAAGAAUCUUAGACAAUGAUGGACACCGGUUUAAAAAAGAAACAGUUCUGCAACUUGGGGCCCGAAUGUUGGAUGCCUUGGAAUAUAUGCAUGAAAACGAGUAUGUUCAUGGUGACAUUAAAGCAGCAAAUCUACUUCUGGGCUACACAAAUCCACAUGAGGUUUAUCUUGCAGAUUAUGGACUUUCCUACAGAUAUUGUCCCAAUGGGAACCACAAACAGUAUAAGGAAAAUCCUAAAAAGGGCCAUAAUGGGACAAUAGAGUUUACCAGCGUAGAUGCCCACAAGGGAGUAGCCCCAUCCAGAAGAGGUGACCUUGAAAUCCUUGGCUACUGCAUGCUACAGUGGUUAUGUGGGAAACUACCCUGGGAACAGAACCUGAAGGACCCUGUAUCUGUGCAGACUGCUAAAAUAAAACUGAUGGACGAGCUCCCAGAUUCAGUGAUGAAGUGGGGUCCGGCUGGAAGCAGUUGCUGUGAAAUAGCUAAGUUUUUGGCAUGUGUUUAUGGUUUAACUUAUGAGGAAAAGCCAAAGUAUCAAGUGCUAAAGAAAAUCCUGGUGGAUGGACUGAAAUCAAGUGGAACUUUUUACGAUGGCCCUCUGGAAUUUUCCGCUGCUGGAUGUGCACUAAAUCUGUGUGCUUCUAAAGAUCUGAAAGCUGAUUUACCAAAGCCUACACCAAAACAGUGUAAACAAAAAGAAAGCAAGCUGGAUGAUAAAGAACAUAACUAUCUAAGAAAAGCUGGUAUUCAGGUAACACACAGACAAUUACAAGAACAGGAGAAACCAGCUGGAUUGAACAAGAUGCAUCAGCAUAAUAAACCACUGCUGGCUGAUUUACCAAACCCUACACCAAAACAGUUUAAACAAAAAGAAAGCAAGCUGGAUGAUAAAGAACAUAAUUGUCUGAGAAAAGCUAGUAUUCAGGUAACACAGAGACAAUUACAAGAACAAGAGAAACCAGUUGGAUUGAAUGUGUGUCAGCAUAAUGAACCACUGCUGGAAAACACCAUAAGACAACUACACAGGCACUAUCCCCAAACAGUUUUCUGGGAAGUUAAAAAGAAACCACACCAAAACAGCAUUACAUAUUCUCCAGUAUCUUUGCAAGAACCCAAUAGAGAUUUUACUUGUCCUUCUGUAUCCAAUAUUUUUAAGCUUGCAUUUACUGAAGAGAGGUACCAAUACACCAUGACCAUACUUGUACUUCUGAUAUUAAUAUUCCUUGUGUUGUAUUUUCUUUGAUAUCACCAUUUAAAAUGUCUUGAGUUUAUGUGCAGUGUCAUUCACCCAGAGCUGUACAAGUUAUUUUUUCAAAGUUUCUUCAUAGACAUUUUCACCGAGAUUGGCUUGAAAAAGAUUUGUAAAGUAACAUACUGUAAAUAGAUACCCUUUAACCUCUACGGUGUACAAGGCUACAUGUGUGUUACACUAUUUUUAUUUGGUUGUUUCUAUUCUGAACAUUAGGCAUGCUUCCCAGAACUAGCCCUUUCAUAGGGUAAUACUAAAAAUUGUAGAAGAAUUAAAUCUCCUGUGUCUUUCAUGAUAAAGGACUCUGGUAUAUGUUUGAUAUAUAGACAUUGUUACAUCUUACUUUUACUCUUGCUUCAACAAAUAGUUUUAAAUACUUGUGCAUGUAAUUAGUAACAUCAUGCUAUAAUUUUUACAGUGGAAUAAAAUAUAAAAUCCACAAGUGUUUAUCAAAUUAA